AUGAGCAAACAGACCCUACUCUUGGACCUCACAAUGCAGAAUUUGCUGAGGAAUGAGGCCUUGACCCUCUCUGCCCUGGAGUACCUGCCCAAGGAGCUCUUCCCACCACUGUUCAAAACGGCCUUCACCAGCAGGCAAACUAACAUCCUGAGAGCAAUGGUUCAGGCUUGGCCCUUCCCCUGUCUUCCUCUGGGGGCCCUGAUGAAGACUCCAGACCUAGAUAUCCUUCUCCUUCAGGCUGUGCUGGAUGGGGUGGAUAUGCUGAUUGCACACAAGGAGCAGCCCAGGAGGUGGAAACUACAGGUGCUUGAUUUGCGUAAUACACAUCAUAACUUCUGGAACAUAUGGGCUGGAACAAAUGGUGGCUGCUCUCCACAGGUCAGGAGUAAGACACAAAGAAUGGGGGACCAAGCAGUUUCCGGGGGGAAGAAGCAGCCUUUGAAGGUCUUAGUUGACCUUUGCUUCAAAUGUCCUGAUCUGGAUGAAUACCAAGAAUACUUCCUCCAGUGGGCUGAGCGUAGAAAAUAUUUGCUCCAGCUGUGCUGUCAGAAGCUGCAGAUUUGGGGAAAGCCUGUCUACUGUGUCUUAAGGCUUCUGGAAAGUUUUGAGCCAUGUUAUAUCCAGGAGUUAGAAGUGAAUACAUGGUGGAAGCAACAAGCCCUGACAUGGUUGACCCCUGAUAAGAGUCAGAUGAGAAUCCUGCUGAAGGGAACCUACGAGAGUAUAGAGUUACUUGAGCGUAUGUACAUAGAUCUGGAGGAAAGGGUUAUUACCACAAUCAUUUCUCACUUAGCCGAUUUGAAUACUCUUCGACAUCUCCGUCUGAAUGAAAUGCAUUUCUUUGAGGUCUCCCUGGACCAAGUGCUCAGGUCCUUGAGGAGUUCCUUGGAGACCCUCGCAAUCACUCACUGCCAUCUUUCACAGUCAGACUUGAAUUGUCUGUCCAAGUACCCAAGCACCUAUCAGCUCAAGCACCUGAACUUGAGUGAUGUCAAAUUUUCCCGUUUACAUGUAAGCCCCCUUAAUGUUCUACUAGAGAGAGUUUCAGCCACUCUGCAGACCCUGGAAUUGCAGGACUGUGAGAUGAAGGACUCCCAGAUCAAGACUGUCUUGCCUGCCCUAAGCCAAUGUUCACAGCUCACCAAAGUCAAUUUCUAUGGAAACUACAUCUCCACAUCUGUUCUGAAGAAUCUGUUGCACCACACGGCCAGUCUGAGCCAUCUGACCUUGGAGCUGUACCCUGCCCCUAUCGAGUGUUAUAAUGACAUGGGUGGUUUCCUGGUAGAGAGAUUUACCCAACUGGGUCCUGCACUCAUGAAUACACUGAGGGCUAUAAGGAAGCCUGAGACAGUCUGCUUUGCCUCCAAUACCUGCUUUAAGUGUUAUGAACGUUGCACCUAUAUCCUGGACAUGAGUCUAUGUUCCUGUUGGUAG